AUGAACAUCGUUUUGCACUUCUUCUGGCCCCUAUCGCCCUGUCUGCGUACAUUCGCAGCUGGGAUCAAACGCGACAUCACUUCUCAUCCUGCUUUGUCCUACGAUCAAUCGAUCGACAAUGGCUCCUGGGGAUAUUACCCGACUGUGCGAUACGCUACUGAGGAAGGUCUGAAUGGGCCACACGUCAAUUUCCUUCAAUGGGACCAACGAUGUAAUGAUGGCAUGUUCACUUUCAUCACACCACGCGGCYGGGGUAUCGGUAAUCCAGGUCCGGUGAUGUUGGACGAUCGUGGCGAUCUAAUAUGGGCGAAGCAUUUCGACAACCAAUACGGAGGCCAGGCGUAUGACUUCAAGGUACAGAGGUACGGGAAUGAGGACUUUCUGACUUUUUGGCUGGGUGACGAUCGUGUGAGAGGACACGGCGCUGGGUCUUACUACAUGCUCAACUCUUCCUACGACGUUGUGCAUCGCGUGGAUGCCGCGAAUGGACUAUCCGCGGACCUACAUGAAUUUCUCAUAACGCCUGAAGGAACCGCGCUACUGACUGCGUACGAAGUCAUUGAGCACGAUUUCAAAGGCUUGCCGGACUACCAACCUGAUGAGGACAAUCCUGGUCCAAUGUACAUCUGGGACAGCGUGUUUCAGGAGGUUGAUCUAAAGACGGGAAGCCUCUUGUUCCAAUGGAGAGCAUCAGACCACAUCAAUGUGUCAGCGACGUACCGAGGCGUCGGACCUGGGGGAUCCAAGGACGAUCCCUUUGAUUGGAUUCACCUGAACAGUAUUGAGAAGGACGUGCUGGGAAACUACUUGAUAUCCGCCCGGUACACGCACAGUCUGACUUAUAUAGACGGCAAGACUGGUGCCAUCAUCUGGAACCUUGGAGGUCGGAAUAACGAUUUCCAGGAUAUGAGUGGGGGCAAUGCAACCAACUUUGCAUGGCAGCACGAUGCCCGUUUGGUAUCGCCUCAUUCGUUCCCAACCAUGUACGAGCCACCAGAAGCUCGUGAUGGUAUGAUAAGAAUGCUGGUCUCGCUUUUCGACAAUGCAGCGGAGGACCUGCAUUAUGACUAUGGUCUACCAUUGUCGAGGGGAUUAAUCCUGGAGCUGACAUAUCCUAGUGUGGUUUCAGAACGACCUUCUAGAAACAUCAGCCAGCAGUGGAAGCGUGACGGUACUGACAAGAACACCGCAAAAAUCCAGGCAAUCAAUGGCACCAGCCCAGAGUACACCGUGCGAGUCAUCAAAUCCUAUGAGAACCCACAAGGUGUGAGGUCUUCUUCUCAAGGUUCUGUGCAAGUGCUACCGCCAGUUACUGGCGAGGACAGUAAGAUACUGGUGGGAUACGGUCUCAAUGCCGUCUGGACCGAGUUCGAUGCCAACGGAACGGUGCUUUGCGACGUACACUAUGGCGCCGUCACAUCGUGGGAGCGAGGCGACAUUCAGAGCUACCGAACAUACAAAUUUCCCUGGAUCGGCAAGCCAGAGCAGCCACCUCUUAUAGACAUCAGUGAUGAUGAUGUCGAGGUCUACGUGUCCUGGAACGGAGCGACGGAGGUGCAGGACUGGAUACUGCAAUGUUCGGAGACGAACUCCACAGCAGAAACAUCCUGGGAAGAUGUCGUAAGGGUCUCCAAGGACGGCUUUGAGACCACAAUUACACUUCCGGAUGAUGCAGAGAUUGCAAGAUACCUUCGAGUAAUCGCUAUUGAUGCGAACGAUCGUCGACUGGACUACGGARCCAGCCAACUAAUCGAUCGAGGCCCUCUGACAUCGUCUCUCCAAACCAUCAACCACAUUCUACCGCAAGGUCUUGUGUCUUCAACGACCCUCAUGGUCUUGGCCGGAUCCUCCUCUGCUGUCGUUGUGAUAUUGGUGAGCUACAGGCGGCUGUUAGUUUGGCAGGCUGGUAGAUCACACGCCGGACGUUUGAGGUGGCGGAAAGGGAUCGCGUAUAGGUGA